GCUUCUCCGGAGAAUCCCGGACGACAGACGCAUUUUUUGCCGACGCACGUGCCUCCAUUUUGGCAGAGAUUCGGGCAGGAAUUGGCUGACGUCAACGAGUUCCCAUCUGAAUUUUAUUUUUUUCCGUCAUAAAAGCAUCUGUGUCCAUCCAGGCAAGGUCCAAAUUCCGCCCGCUAUCGUCUAAUAGUUGAACAUUUCUUCGCUAGAGAGCAGUGCAUGAUGACAAGCAAAACAGCAGACGAACUAUCGGCGUUCGCAAUUCGCAGGUCAAUGUCUUCCAAGUGCACUGCUGGCAUCAUCAUCAUCGGGGAUGAAAUCACAAAAGGAAAAGUGGCUGAUACCAAUUCUCAUUACGUGGCCCAGAAACUCUAUUCACUGGGGGUAGAUGUACGCAAGAUAUCUGUUAUUCCUGAUGAAGUGGAUGUCAUCGCUGAGGAAGUAGCCCUUUUUUCCAAAAAGUUCACCCACGUUGUGACAGCUGGGGGAAUCGGUCCAACUCACGAUGACAUUACAUAUCAAGCCAUUGCCCAUGGUCUACAAGAGAGGUUGAUCCUGUUGCCCGAUCUUGUGGCCCUCAUCAAAUCUCAUUUCAAGAUUACUGUACCAGAUUAUGAUCCUCUCAAUCCUCCCACAUUUCCUUGGGAUGUGGAAACGACCAGUUUUGAUCCAGCUCUAAAGAUGGCUCUAGUUCCAGCCUCUAGUCGAUUACACCAUGCCAACGGGGUCUCUGUUUUCCCCAUGGUCCAGGUGAACAACGUGUACAUCAUGCCGGGCAUCCCGCAAUACCUCAAACGAUGUUGCAGGCACUUGGAAAUCCUAGCCCGGAAUCCCGAUUACGCCUUUCUGACUAACGAAAUCUACGUCCAGACGGAUGAAGUCCGUUUGGCGCCCAUUUUAAACGCAGCCGUCAAGCAAUUUGGAGCUCAUGUUUCGUUCGGUUCCUACCCUGUCAUAGGUCACAGUUACUACCGCACCAAGUUGACAAUGGAAUCCACCAAUCAGGCCCGGCUAGACGCUGCCUAUCAGUACCUGUCGUCCGAGCUGCCAGCCGAUAGCAUCGUUUCCUACGAUCCCAUGGCCAUCGAGCGAGCAGCGGAAGCCAUUCAAGAUAUCAUCGGUGGCAAGGGAGCCCAUCAUCACGAGCUCCAGGUCCCCGUAUCCAACGCCUAUCAGACGAUUGAAGAAUGUCUUUCGCGCUACCAGCCGUCGGAGGUGUGCGUUUCGUUCAACGGCGGCAAGGACUGCAGCGCUUUGCUUCACCUGAUUCACGCGGCCUGGACUAAACGAAACAAAGGAUCGACAACCGAUGGGUUGAGGUUACGAGCGCUCUACAUCCGCGGACAGGAUCCAUUCCCCGAGAUGGAACAGUUUAUCGAAGACACGCGACAAAGGUAUGAUUUGGAAUUGUGGACAGUGCCGGGACCCGUGCGAUCCGGAUUGAAGAUGGCGUUGAAUGAGCAUCCCGAAAUCAAAGCCAUUCUCAUGGGAACCCGACGGAGUGAUCCUCACUCUGCAAAUCUUCAGGCUUUUCAGAUGACGGACGACGGCUGGCCGAGCGUGAUGAGGGUUAGCCCCAUACUAGACUGGUCCUACCAACAGGUCUGGCUCUUCCUACGUCAACUCAAUCUUCCCUACUGCAACCUCUACGAUAAAGGAUACACAUCGGUAGGCAACCGUGGCAAUACGCAACCGAACGCAGCGCUACGGGUGAUCGACCCUGCAACAGGGCUGGAAACUUACAGGCCGGCCUACCUACUUCACGACUGCAUGGCUGAACGACAGGGUCGUUUGUAAACAAACAAACAAACAAAAAUGGACGACGCAGAUUUUUAUUUUGCCCAAUCCGGCCAUCAUUUAUCUCACUGUGUGUAGUCUCCAUUUGAUGGGAUCCUUUUGGAUUUGGCCCAGUUGGGAAUUUUUUUUUGUCCAACGUUGUCACAUCACAACAAACAUUGCCUUGUAUGUUGAUUUCCCCAGUUUACGCCACAUUGUGUAAAGAAUACACGCCAGGAAGAAGGA